AUGGAACUGGAACAAAUUAGCCCACCGAAUGGUGAGAAUGCUUCCACGGCAAUAACCACCAAGCCCCAGGCCGCGAAUGCGGAAGACAGCGAGGUCGUCCAGCUGUCGACCUGGAAGUUUUUCAUCGUUCUGGUCUCUUUAUGCUCUGCCGCCUUCUUGGCUGGAUAUGACUCGACAUGCGUGGGCACGUUGUCCCCCAUGAUCAGUGAUGAAUUCCGCUCCCUCAGCGACGUGAGCUGGUAUGGGAUUGCAUACUCCCUCUCAUCCUGCGCCACGACUCUGAGCUAUGGCAAACUAUAUUCAUUCUAUCCAACCAAUACAGUCUUUGUGACGGCUCUCGCCACCUUUGUCGCAGGAUCCGUCAUCUGUGCGACGGCACCGUCGUCGAUUGCGUUUAUUAUUGGCAGAGCAGUUGCCGGCGUGGGCAAUGCAGGCAUUUUCACCGGCGGCAAUAUCAUUUUCACUCGGAUAACUCCUCUCCGAUGGCGACCAUUCUAUCAGAGUCUUAUAGGCAGCGUGGAAUGUAUUGCGCUAGCCACGGCACCUUUGAUCGCAGGAGCAAUUGCCGAGUAUUCGUCAUGGAGAGUAUGUUUUUACGCCAGCGUUCCUCUAGGCGCGAUCCCGAUCAUGACCGUCUUCUUCUACCUCCGACUGCCGAAGACGGACCAACAGUCCUCGGCGACAGGACUGGCCAAACUCCGGCAGCUUGACCUUGUAGGCAUGGCCCUUUUUGUACCCCUGAUGGUAUGCUUCGUUUUGGCUCUGCAGUGCGGAGGCACGGAGUAUCCAUGGAACAGCAAGCAAGUCAUUGUUCUGCUCAGCAUGACGGGGGCUCUGCUGGUGGCUUUCGUGGCACAGCAGGCUUAUAUGAAGGAUAAGGCAAUGGUGCCUGCGAGGCUGCUUCGGUCGAGAAUUUUUCUGUUCAGUGUUCUCGUCAGCUUUGCCACGUCAGGAGCACUCUACGUGUUUACUUUCUAUCUCCCCAUUUACUACCAGGCCAUUCGAGAUGUCUCCACCGUCCAGUCUGGCGUGCGCGAUCUAUCCCGAAUUCUUGGUCUGGUUAUCGCCAUUAUCGUGGCCGGUGCCAUGACCACCAUCACAGGAUAUUACAUGCCCCCCAUGCUCUGCGGCGGCAUCCUAAUGACCAUUGGCGCGGGUCUGACAACAACAUUCAACGAAACUACCUCCCUCGCCCACAUAGUCGGGUAUCAAGCCUUGUUCGGGCUCGGAUGUGGUCUCGCAUUUCAACAACCCUACGCAGCCGUGCAGGCCACGACAUCAGCAGCCGACACGAAUGCCGCAAUCGUGGUACUCCCCUUCGCACAGUUCUUGGGUUCAGUGGUCGUGCUGGCCAUUUGUCAGAAUGUGUUUUCUAUUGAAAUUGUCGAUGGUCUUGCGGCGAAGAUCCCCGGGCUUGAUCCGGGGAUCGUUCUGGAUUCGGGUGCUUUGAAUUUGAAGAAGGCCAUCCCCACAGAAUACCUUGCACAGGCGUUGGAGGCGUACAAUGCUGCUCUUGUGCAUGUGUUUUAUAUUGGCAUGGCGGUGGCGUGUGCGACUACUGUUGGUGCUCUGGGAUCCGGAUGGAGGUCUGUCAAGCAUGCGGACAAGAAUAAAUAG